UAUUUUUCUUUAGUCAACAUGGCUAUGAAUCGUAAUUAUGUCGUACUUCUGUUGACCCUCGUUGGCAGCGUUUUUCUAAGCGCCACCUGUUUGACGUGUUUGAAAGAUGGUACUCCCAAAGUCCAUGGCUCAGCAGGUUCAAAACUAACGGGAAAGCAAGGAGUAUCGCAAUGGGAAAACAUUUUUAGAAAUUCCAAAGAAUCAGUUAUUCCACUCAGGCAUUGGGGAAAUAAGAGCUAUUGGAUAGGCGACGCCUUUCAGGUUCCUUGGUACGAAGCUGUAACCUUUUGCAGCCAAAUUCAUAUGCAAUUGCUUACCAUUACCUGCGAAGAAGAAAAUGAACAGAUUUUCAACUACUUAAAAGAUGCUGGCAAAGGUUUCGAAUACUGGACAUCAGGUAACAGAGUAAUUGACCAAAAUAAAUGGCUAUGGCUUCCUUAUGGUAAACCAGUGGAGUACACGAAAUGGUCCGUUGGUCAACCUAGUGAUCCAGUUGGAGAAAAAUGUUUACAAGUUUGGAAAAUUGGAGAAAAAUUAGAAUGGAACGAUAGACCUUGCUGGGUUCCGUUUUAUUUUAUUUGUGAAAGGUAUAAUUAUCAAAAUCUAGCAUCAGAUAAAUGUUAAUAAUCAGGCGAGGUUGAGUCAAUAUUGUAAUGCUUUAGAAAAUAUUAAACACAUUUAUUAUUAAA